AUGGAUGACCGUGAUCUUGAGCAAAAGAUUGUGAAUGAAGAGUACAAGGUAUGGAAGAAGAAUGUGCCAUAUCUAUAUGAUCUAUUGUUUAGUCACACGUUGCAAUGGCCGUCUCUCUCUGUGCAGUGGUUUCCAGAUGUGAGCAGAGAUGAGGAACGUGUAAGAACUACGCAGCGAUUGCUACUGAGUACUCACACGAGUGGUAGUGACGAGGAGUGCGUCAUGAUAGCAAAGCUUGAUUUUCCUGAUGAAUUUGAUGAGAACAUUGAUGGAGAUGAGGAAGGGAAUGGAGAUGGAGAUAUGAAGCUUAAGGUUUUACAGAGGAUUCCAGUACAGGCCGAGGCUAACAGAGUCCGAUACUGUCCAUUAGCAUGUAAUGUACUGGCUGUUCGAUCUGACCUUCCGGAUGUGCAUGUAUAUGAUUACACAAAGCAUUUGUCGCAUGAAAAAACUGCAAAGCCGGAUAUGAUACUGAAGGGACAUAAAUCUGGAGGAUUUGGAAUUUCAUGGAACAACAUAGUUUCUGGAGAGCUUGCAAGCUGUGGAGAAGAUAUGUGUGUAUGUGUGUAUGAUAUAAUGGAAGAAAGUACAGUGAUUAAUCCGAAGAUUGUAUUAAAAGGACAUGGAGCAGUUGUGAACGACUGUGGAUUUAGUUUUUUUGAUGGAAAGAUGCUUGCAUCUGUUGGAGAUGACAGGAGGCUAAUUGUGUGGGAUACUGGGAGUGGAGAGAUGGUGCAUUCAGUGGAAGCACACACAAGUGAUGUUUUUUGUGUGAAUUAUUCACCUGUUGAUGCGAAUGUGAUUGCAACAUGUUCUGGAGACAAGUCAGUGAAGGUAUGGGACAUAAGGAAGUUGGAUACAGCGGUGCAUGUUCUCUUGGGGCAUUCUAAAGACGUGUUGAGUGUUGAGUGGUCUCCACAUUGUUCUACAAUGUUGUGCUCUGGAAGCAUGGAUAGGAGAGUUAUUGUUUGGGACCUUAUACGUGUUGGAAUGGAUGUGACUGAGGAGUACAGAGCACAAGGACCACCUGAGCUAAGAUUUAUGCAUGGAGGGCACACAGGCACAGUAUGUGAUGUAUCGUGGAAUCCAGCAGAGCCAUUCGAGAUUGCAAGUGUUUCUGAAGACAAUACCUUACAGGUAUGGCAGAUGACCAAAGAUGUAUAUGAUUAA